AUGGAAAAUGUACUGUAACAUAUUUUGAUCAGAACUGAGGAAAAGAAGUUAGCUGAUCUCAGCCCCAACUGCCUGAUCUGAGUUGGGAGUAUUUGAUUCCAGCCAAUUUCGGGGAUAUUAGAGUGUUUCUGAACUUGAUAAAAUAAAGGAAACGAGUAGCAGACAGAAGAGUGGAUAAAAGAAGCAGAGGUCUGUGUUUGUGGCUUGUGUAAAAUUUUCAAGCGGUCGUCAUAAUCUUGUUCUAAACGUUCUUCAGUUUAUUCAAAUACAUGAUCAUAGUAAUAUCUGAUAUGAGUCUGCCAAUCUUUCUAUCGAGAAUGCUGAUUCUCAUAUGUAUAAGUCUGAUCCAUGUGUAGAAAGAGGCAUAAAGAAGGAAAUAACUUUCGAUUUUUUAUGUGUUACAACUAGAGAGAGAGACAGAGAAGGAGAAGGAGAGAGAUGACAGAUAUGGAAAGAGUACUUUGCCCUAAUCUUGGAGUCUAGCAUAUAUACUAGACUCUAAAUGGGCUUGGGUGGACCAGUUCCGCCCAGAUAGUUAGAUGGAUGGUCCAGCCUAGACAUACGCACUCCAACAGCCCCCCUCAAGCUGGAGUGUAUAUAUCAUACACUCUUAGUUUAUCGCAUAGAAAUUCAACUCGGUGGCUAUUCAGAGGCCUGAUAAAAAUAUUGGCAAGUUGAUCAUUAAAUUUAACAUGCACAGUAGUGAUGAGACGUGCCUGUAGCUUCUCUUUGACAGAAUGACAACCAACUUCAAUAUGUUUCAUCCUCUCAUGAAAUACAUAAUUAGAGAUGAUGUAGAUUGCUGCUUGAUUAUCGCAUUUGAGUUCCAUAGGACUAGGAUAAAGGAAAUCAAAUUCUUCAAGAAGAUGAUUGGUUUAUAUAAGUUCACAUGUAAUUUAUGCCAUUGUCCUAUAUUUUGA